GAUGGCACAAGCUGUGCAGAACUUGCCAAAUGUUGGUGGAGAUGCUGGAUCACGUAGCUUGGCGACUUUUCAAAGAGAGAAUCCGCCGGUGUUUAAAGGGAAGCAUGAUCCAGAUGCAGCCUUGAGAUGGUUGAAAGAGAUCGAGAGAAUCUUCCGUGUUAUGGAUUGCACUCCAGCUCAGAAGGUUCGGUAUGGUACUCACAUGCUAGCAGUCGAAGCUGAUGACUGGGAAUUCAUGAGAAAGUAUUAUCCGGAGGAUGUCCGUGGUAAGAAAGAAAUUGAGUUCCUUGAGCUGAAGCAAGGAAACUUGUCUGUCACUGAUUAUGCUGCAAAAUUUGUGGAGUUGUCCAAAUUUUAUCCUCAUUACACUGGUGCUGGUGCUGAAUUUUCAAAGUGCAUCAAGUUUGAGAACGGACUGCGCUCUGAAAUUAAGAAGGCUGUUGGGUAUCAGAAGAUACGCAUUUUUACUGAAUUGGUGGAUAGCUGCAGGAUAUUUGAAGAAGACAAUAAUGCUCAUUACAAGAUUGUCAGUGACCGCAGGGGCAAGCAACAUCAAAAUCGUGGCAAGCCGUAUGAUGCUCCAGUGGAAAAAGGGAAACAAGGAGCUGCUCCGGCUCAGAGGACUAGUAGGGGAGGUGCUCCUGCUGGUAUAGUUUGCUUCAAAUGUGGUCAGGCUGGUCAUAAGAGUAAUGUAUGCACUGCUGAAGUAAAGAGGUGUUUUCGCUGUGGUAAGACUGGCCAUGCAAUAGUUGAUUGCAAGCACAAGGAAAUGAUUUGUUUUAAUUGUGGCGAAGAAGGGCAUAUUGGAAGUCAGUGUCAGAAGCCAAAGAAACCUCAAACUGGAAAGGUGUUCGCAUUGACCGGAACUCAAACCUCCAGUGAGGACAGACUUAUCCGAGGUACAUGUUUCAUAAAUGGUACUCCUUUGAUUACUAUUAUUGAUACCGGUGCUACACACUGUUUUAUUUCUGCUAACUGUGCUCGAAGACUGGGUUUAAAAUUGUCCGCUUUGGAUGGUGAAUUGAUUGUUGAGACCCCAGCUAAGGGAUCAAUAACUACUUCCUUGGUGUGUUUAAAUUGUCCUUUGUCGAUCUUCGAUAAAGAUUUCUAUGUUGAUUUAGUAUGUUUGCCGUUGGGUGGGAUGGAUGUAAUUCUUGGUAUGAACUGGUUGGAGUAUAAUUAUGUUCAUAUAAAUUGUCAUCAUAAGUCGGUGAGGUUUUCCACUCCUGAAGAGGAAGGAGUUGACUUAUUACCUUUCAGAGAAUUGCGAAAAUUGAUGAAAGAGGGGGCUCAGAUGUUUUCUUUGAUGGCGACGUUGUCGGUUGAGAGUAAAGCUAAGAUAGAGGAACUGUUAGUGGUGAAAGAAUUCCCUGAAGUUUUUCCUGAUGAAAUUCCUAGUGUGCCGCCAGAGAGGGAAGUUAAAUUUACUAUUGAUCUGGUGCCUGGUACUAGGCCUGUUUCGAUGGCACCGUAUAGAAUGUCGGCAUCUGAAUUGUGUGAAUUAAAGAAGCAAUUGGAAGACUUACUUGAGAAGAAGUUUAUAAGACCAAGUGUGUCACCGUGGGGAGCUCCAGUGUUGCUAGUAAAGAAGAAAGAUGGUAGUAUGAGGCUUUGUAUCGAUUAUAGACAAUUGAAUAAAGUAACGAUCAAGAAUAAGUAUCCACUACCGAGAAUAGAUGAUUUGAUGGAUCAAUUAGUGGGUGCUUGUGUGUUCAGUAAAAUUGAUUUGAGAUCGGGCUGUUUACCACCAGUUCGCGAUGUUGAAUUUUCUAUUGAUAUCACUCCCGGAACAGGACCUAUAUCUAUUUCUCCCUACAGAAUGUCUCCGUUGAAGUUAGAUGAGCUAAAGAAUCAGUUAGAGGACCUCCAUUCCAAAGGAUUUAUAUGA